UAUAUAUAGUCCCUUAUCUAAGAUAACUUACAUAACAGCAACCCUCAACCUCUAAUUAACCAACUUAUCAAGUUCCCCAACAAAAAAACAAAAAACAUGUAUGCUUCUACUUCCUUUACUUCACAGCUCUUCCAUGAGCUUCUUGUUGAUUCUCACACAAGAAGGCUACUCUUUCAAGGCCCGAUUGAUAAUCAACCACUAAACAACCACAACUCAACCGACUCGUAUUUUGGAGUUCGUGAAUUUGAUUCAAACGUUGUGAUGGUACUUGCAGUCCUAUUGUGUGCUUUUAUUUGUUCCCUUGUAUUGAACUCCAUCAUAAGAUGUGCAUUAAGGUUUUCAAAUGUAGCCAUCAACAACAGCUCUUCUUCGAGUUCGAGCAGCAACCCUUCACCUCAACUGGUUAACAAAGGAAUCAAGAAGAAGGCUCUCAAGACAUUCCCAACAGUGAGUUAUUCAACCGAGCUGAAAUUACCAAGUUUGGAUACGGAGUGUGUGAUAUGUCUCUCAGAGUUUGCAAUGGGUGAAAAGGUACGCAUAUUGCCGAAAUGCAACCAUGGUUUUCAUGUUCGUUGCAUUGACAAAUGGCUAAAGGAACACUCAUCAUGUCCCAAGUGCAGACAAUGUCUUCUUCAAACAUGUAGAAAGGUUGGUGAAUCGCAGGUGCAACCAAUUGUGCUGCCAGUACCGGAAACCAUUAUCAGGAUUCAACCACUAAACCAUGAAGCUGUGGAACGUAACUAUAGGGAAGAAAGAAGAUAAAUUUUCAUUAUAAUUUGAAGCUUUUAGUUGCUUUAGGUUGACCCCAAUUGUAAAUAUAAAUUAGUUAAAAUUUCUAAUACAAUUUUUUUUUUCUACAAGACUCUAAUAAAUAAAUAUUUGAACAGAUGCGCCUUUGAGGAGAAGUACUAGUUGCUUCUCUUUUGUUCUAAUAGAGUUAAAUAUCUACUU